AUGCAAUUCGCCGACUUCUCCUCGGGUGUGGUCUACCCGAACUUCACACUGCCUGCCGCUGACUGGAGUGCCUACAUUGCUCAGCUGGACAAGUAUCCAUAUCUCACGUACACCUGGGAGCUGCCAGAUCCCGUUCUAGAGGAUUUGCUUCUACCAUUUGGCGAAUUUGUGUCCAAGUAUUCGCUGGGGAACGAGGCGUACCUCCUUGGUACUUAUGGUGCUGGCAACGGUGCCGUUCUGAACCAGACCACAGUCUAUGUACUCAAGUCGGUGGACAAGGCGUACAUCAAAGGGCUGCAGGGAGGCGACGUGAUGACUGAGCACGACAAUCAUGCAAUCUACGACAAAGCGCAGGCGGCAUUGGGGUCCAAUGCUCUCGUGUCCUCCACGGUAGUUGCCGCUAGCCGCAAUGCGUCCGGAAUCCGACUGGUGGUCCAGUCUGCCAGCGGAGACCUCAAGCUGAUUGUGGCCAAGAAGCUGCUGGUUGCCAUGCCGCAGAUCACGGCAAACAUGCAACCCCUGGGAAUGGACUUGUCUGAGUCCUCCGUCUUUGGUCAGUUUACGUACAACGCCCUGUAUGUUGGGCUGGUCACCAACACGGGAGUCACGGACUUUGUCGACACGCUGGGGAUCAGCCUGAACACCGAGUCCUACAACCUACCCGGGCUGCCGGGCCUCGUCUAUCUCCAGUCCACCGGAGUGGCUGGCGUCUUCCGCAUCUGGUAUAGCUCCGCGCACGAGGUUGCCGAGGCAGACGUCAAGUCAGCGACUCUGGCUGCCAUCCAGCGACUUACUGGCAAGAAAGCCCAAUUUCUCGUCUUCAGCUCCCAUACCCCUUAUUAG